CAAAAAAACCAACAACAAACAAACAAACAAAAAAAAACACACAAAAAAACCGCCAAACUAUAUACGAUGCGUGAGGAUCACGUGAUCCAUAAAAUCGUCUGCUUGACCUGGGGUACCUGGAGGGGGCCAGAAAACUUAGUUAUUCUUGAAAUCAAAUGAUUAAUUAAGGAAGAAAUUAGUUUAAUAUGAAACUUUCUGGUGUACAGUUUUUUGUAUAAAUAGAAUAAGUUCUCGACCCUUGUGGGAAAAGAGAAAUAUGCGACGUUAGUCUGUGAACAUGAGAUAGACUUUGAUGUUUACACUUACAGGUCUGAGGUGCGUGACGACGAGCCUGGCGGUAACAUAUAGAUACCUAUAGGCCGCAUGCAGACAUGACGGUUGGCAGAGAGUACGAUGGGAUUUUGUGGCUACAAGGCAUUGCUAGUCUGCUGGGGCUUCCAGUGAGCCAGGCAAACUUUGUGGCUUCCCAGCUUUUGUGCAUACUGCUGGCAUCAGUGUCCAGAAAGUGGCUUUCAAAUCCAGCUGCAUCCAUCAAUCACCGUCAUGCUUUUCAGGUGUUGUUUGGUAUUCCCAUCAUCUGUUGUGUUGUCGGAAGUGAUGGUUUUUUACUGGUGGCUGAAACUUUAUUCUGCUAUGUCAUCAUCCUUGUUUGCCCAGCACAGAUGAUUCACAUAGGCCUAUUUGUGUAUGGCAUGGGCUGUCUGAUUCUAGGACACGUCUACAUGAUAAUUUUCCCAUUCAGAAUCAGGUGCUACGAUUUUACCUUUUCAUUGCUUAUUAUUACCCAAAAAAUAACUUCUCUGGGCUUCAACCUGGUAGAUGGACAUCGUCACAACAACAACAAUAUUAAACUUUCUGACCAAAGAUUGCAACUGGCUGUAAGGAAAAAGCCAGGGCUCUUGGAGCUGAGCAGCUAUCUUCUUGGAUUCCAGGGUGUUAUUGCUGGGCCGUUUUGUUUCUACAAAGAGUACAUCGAUUUUUUUGAAGGUAGACACUACAGGCAGAAGUCAGCUUCUGAAAAUGAUGAUCCAGACUACCAGUGUAGGCAUCAUAUACCGUCUCCAUCUAAAGCUGUUCUGCAGAAAGUGUUGGCAUCCUUUUUCUGGACUGUGGUCUAUGUGGUGCUUCAGACACUUUUUCCACUGGAAUCUCACUUAGAUCCAGCUUUUGUUGCUCGACACAAUAUCUUCUACCGCAUGCUCCAUGCUUAUCUAAGCCUGCUAGGUGAACGAGCAAAGUACUAUGUUGGUUGGACACUGGCUGAAGCAGUCAACAAUGCUGCUGGUUUCGGCUUUGCGGGCUUUGACCAAAAUGGAAAACCACGCUGGGACCUUCUGACAAAUCUCCACAUCAAGCAUGUCGAGAUGGCAACAAGUUUCAAGACCUAUAUUGACAACUGGAAUCUUCGCACUGUGGUCUGGUUACGGUUUGUCUGCUAUGACCGAGCUCCUUGGAAUCCCACACUGCUAACAUUCACCCUCAGUGCUGUGUGGCAUGGGCUGUGGCCAGGAUAUUAUUUCAUGUUCCUGUCCUCUGCUGUCUUCACAGUUGCGGCACGAAAGGUGCGCCGCAAUAUCCGGCCAUACUUCCAAAAAAGCAAGCUCAAGCAAAUAGUGUAUGAUGUGAUAACAUUGCUAGCAACCCAAGCCACCAUUACCUACAUUGUCUUUUCCUUUGUCUUCUUACAUUUGGAUCCCAUCAUCUUUUUCUACAGUCAAUGGUACUGGGCGAUCCACAUCUUUGCUGUUCUGAUCAUAUUGGUACUCCCAAAGGGCACUUCCUCACAUAUAAAGAUCUCUCCUGCUCCAGAGCAUGGUACUGAUUCUGACCCAAUGCUGGAUAGCAACAAGGUCAAAACAUCGUAGUUUUCUUUCCCAAUAUUCAGGUCGACUGACAGUGACUGAAGGGCAUUGAAGGAUAUGUGAAAUAAUUAAAAAUUUUCUUCCAUUAGAAAACAAAGGUAGUAUAGUGGUAGUGCUAUACCUAUGGUUAAGAUUUUGGGAUGUGUUAACCAUGUGUACUGGUGAGCUAGAUGUUUGCUGUGAUUUUGUACCAUUAGCUAAAAAAUUUAUUUAUUUGAGGAAUUUUCGAGUUGGAAACCUAAGACACUAUAUGAAAUGAGGUCUUUCUUGGCUGUCCUGUUAGGUUACCAGAACAGACUUGAAUAGUUUCUUGGUUCCAAGUAAUGACAGAGGGAUGUGUGUGUGUGUGCAUAUGUGUGUGGGUGUGUGAGUGUACAUGUGUAUAGGGCAGUACAUUAAUGUGGCAUGUUAAAAUUUGGCAGCUUUAUAAGAGAUGUCUUAUCUCACGAUUUGCUCAAUAUUUCAUUUUACAGGUUUUAAAUAGAUGGGAUUGGGGGGUGGGGGGGGCGGAAUAGGCUGGGAAAGGUUCUUUAAAGCAUGUGCCUUCCUUUAAACAUGAUGAAUGAUAUGUGCUUGUCAAUAACUUUUCACAAUUGAAAUCAUAGGUUUGAAGGGUUGGUAUCAUUGUAAUCAUUAUUGUGUGUGUUGCAUGCAUGCACAUGUACAGCUUUCUUCACAAUGACAUGCACAAACCAGAGAGGGUGGGAUCUGCAGUUUAUUAAGUGAUGACUGUUCACUUUUUUCUUGUAAAAUUUCAGGAAUGAACUCAAUACUAUGCCCUUUUAAUUGCAAACCAUGACAGUUUGCUGCCCUGUGCUAUGAAGCUAGUUUGGAUAAAAAAUAGAAGCUUGGGGCCUUUUUUUUGUUUCAGCUGUAUAUAUUUUUUUUAAUGUAUGGGUUGGAUGAUAGAGUAUUGUGGUUGCAGAAGCCCAUUAAUUCUUUGAGUGUCCAUUGAAACGUUUUUCUUUCUCUGUCAUCUUAGUAAUCUUUGUGUCCUUUUCUUGGUGAAGACAGUAAUAGGUUUAUUCUUUUCUCACACCAUUUUUUAAAUUUUAUUGAUUCUUUUAAGUGUUUUAAGGAAGAAUUUCAGCUUUAAUUGCAGAACCAUAAAGUGUGCAUGUUUAUGGUACAUUAUUUUAUGCUAAUAACUUUUUUUUCUACUUUUGUUACAAUCUUGUUUAUAUAAAUGAUGUAUAAAUAAAUAUGAAAAGAAUGUGAAGGGAGCAUAUAAGAGUGGAAUCUGUAUCUUUACUAAAACAGAUAUGGUGAUUAUUGGCCAUGGGCUGUCAUUUUUAUGCAAUUUUCAUUUUGCUUUAUACUGAUAUGCCAAUCUCAGGUGACACUUACAUAUCUGAAAAGACAAUUCUGCUGCAGUUGUAUGCCAAAUAAUCCUUGUAAAGUGCUUAUUAAUCCACUUGAAAAGGAAAAAUACUGUAUUUGUCAGCAGGUAUAGUAUUUAAUGUUGGAGAAAAGUAUUCUAUUUUUCCAGCUUUCAUUAGCAGGAAUAUGGGCAAGAGCUGCUACAUAUCAAAGAAUACUUUGCAUUGUCUAUGAUGCUUGAACAGCAAUGCUGAAUGUUUUCUUAUAUUUUUAGUCCUUGCAGCUGAAGAUACUCAUACUGAUAGGCAUUAUUUUAGAAUGUAAAACUAGAUGCAUCACAGUUCUUUCUUUGUUUUUCUGUCCAUGUUUAAAGGCAAGCAGAACUAUUGCUGAUUGAAGCAUCUUUAUAAAGUUUUAUUUACAAGUUCAGUGCAAUUUUUAUUGUAGAUUUGUCUGCUACAUCAUUCCUGCAACAGUGGUGUGAUUGUGCUUACAUGUUGUGCCUUUACAAGUGUCAGGGUAAUGAAUAUGUUGUUGAAUGUAUUUUGGCCUCUGUGCUUAUCUAAUUUAUUUUGAGUUUUAUUACUUAGAUGGCCAGUUAAGUUGCUGGCAUCUCCAGCUGGAUUUUAACUUUCAUUUUAGGAUGGUUCUUAACUAGCCAUUUGUUGCCAUUUAUUUAAAUAUACUGUAUAACAAAUUUUGCAAAAUUUAUUUUUUUAGGGCUUUUAUUUCAUCUUAAUCAUAAGUCCGAGUUUUACUUUUCUCCCUCUGAUUUGUUCUUAGUUUUUUACCGUUGAACUUUUAAAAAUGAGCAUUAAAUCUUACAUAAUUACCCUUUUAACAUAUAUUUACAUAGUCUUUAAAGCUAUAGGACUUUUUUGCUUUUUUGCACACCUAUAUCCAGCUUAAUGAGCUUAAUAAUGAAUAUGUUAUUUAUUAUUUUUUGUAAUGGUUAAAAUAAUAUAAUAA